UUUCUUUCAUCACCAACAAAAACUACUCAUUUUCUCAACUUUCUUUCUGAUUUUCUCAACUCACUACAUUUCUCUCUUUCGUAAUAAUUCUAUCAGAGUCUAGAUUUUGGUGCGUUGGUGAUGAGGAUGAUGAUGAUUCGCGGCGGCAGCAACCGAGUGGCCAACACUGUCAUGUUGGUGGCGAAGGGUUUAAGCGGUGAAGUUGGUGGUGCAAGAGCGUUUUAUGGCGGUGGUGUGAGGAGUGAGAGCACUUUGGUUUUACCGGAGAAGGAGAAGAUGGAGAAGAAGGUUGGUGCGUCUGGCGGUGGUGAAAACAAAGAUCAAAAAGGGACUGUGAGUUAUUGGGGCGUUGAACCCUCUAAGAUCACCAAACUAGAUGGCACAGAGUGGAAGUGGAAUUGCUUUAGGCCAUGGGAGACAUACAAAGCAGAUGUUUCAAUUGAUCUGAACAAGCACCAUGCACCCACCACAUUUCUUGACAAAAUGGCUCUUUGGACUGUCAAAACUCUCCGAUACCCCACUGAUCUAUUUUUCCAGAGACGAUAUGGAUGCCGAGCAAUGAUGCUAGAAACAGUGGCAGCAGUGCCUGGGAUGGUAGCAGGCAUGCUAUUGCAUUUGAAAUCACUUAGAAGAUUUGAGCAGAGUGGGGGUUGGAUCAAAGCACUGCUAGAAGAAGCAGAAAAUGAACGGAUGCACCUAAUGACGUUCAUGGAAGUGGCAAAGCCAAAGUGGUACGAGCGUGCACUGGUCAUAACUGUGCAAGGUGUUUUCUUCAAUGCAUACUUCUUGGGGUAUAUGAUAUCUCCUAAAUUUGCACACCGCAUGGUGGGUUACCUUGAGGAGGAGGCAAUACACUCCUACACGGAGUUCCUCAAGGAAUUGGACAAGGGCAACAUACAGAAUGUGCCAGCUCCAGCCAUUGCCAUCGACUACUGGCAGCUCCCACCAGACUCCACUUUAAGGGAUGUUGUCACGGUUGUCAGAGCUGACGAGGCACACCACCGUGAUGUCAACCACUUUGCUUCGGACAUACACUACCAAGGGCGCGAGUUAAGAGAGAUUGCUGCUCCAGUUGGUUAUCACUAGAGUCAAUUUUUGGCUUCCAGUAUGAAUACUGGUUUUGGUUACAGAAUAAAUCUAAUGAUGCUGUAAAUAAUGUGAAGCCUUGAAUUUUUCAGAAUCAUAUUGAAGCUUUUGUAGUUCUACAGUGCACUCUUCAAAGUAAGUGGAGUUAUAUGAUACAUGAUAUAUUUUGCUUACUAA